UACUGCGCUGUCUUAAUUGUUGGGUUUAUUUUAUUGCUACAUUGUCUCAUUGUAUAUCUAGUAAUGCUCUUUACAAAGAAACUUAUAAUUAUAGAAGAACCUACAAAUGUAUGGGUGUGGAACCAGAAAUAUGUGAACCAUUAGAAAUAGAGCAAAGCAACAAACAAGAUCUUCAAAUUUCAGUGGAUGCUUCAUUUUUGUCAUGGGAUUUAGCUGAAGUGCAACUCAACAGUUAUGCAAAAGCUAAAGGUUUCUCUCUACAUCGAAAAAGAGUAGAAUUCAAUAAUAACGGUGAGGGCAGACAACGUACAUUUGAGUGUACGCAUUCUGGGAAAUGUGUUAGUAAUCAGGUUGUUGACCUUUCACAGCAACGUAAUAGAAGUUCAGGAAAGAUAUCAUGCCCAUGGCAUAUAAAUUUAUCAAAACCAAAGGAAUCUGCAGUUGUAAUUAUCACGAGUAUAAUAGGGGAGCAUAAUCAUCAGCUGCAAUCUGACAUUAGGCUAUAUGCUCCAAAGUAUAGAAAAUUAUCAUCAGAAAUCUUAGAAAAAAUAGAAUUCUAUGUUACAAAAGGAAAAAUAGGAUCUAAGCAAAUGCUACCUCUUUUAACUUCUGAAUUUCCUGAUUAUAUUAUUCACAAACGCGAUCUUUAUAAUGCCGUCCAAAAGGUUAGAAGACCACUCAAUCAACAUCAGGGAGAAGCACAAGAAUUCGUUAAUUAUUUGUUGUAUUUAAAACACCAAGAACCUGGUUGUAUUGUCAAUUUUAGGGUGCGACAUUAUAGUUAUAUGAAUUCUCUACCUACUAGUCAAAUGCCAUCAGUUGUUGAAUCAUUAUUUCUGCAACAAAUUGCUGGUUCACUUUUAUAUAGAGCGCAAUUACGACCAAUAGAGGAUAUUCUAGAAUUACAGGAAAAUCUCCAAUUGGAUUAUGAUAAUGGCUUUUUAGAGAAUCAACUCGACAGGCCACAAAACUCUAUUAUUGCUCUAAUUAAAGAUAUUGAUCUAAGUGAUAUAAUUGAAAUUUGGAAACUUAUAUGCCUAUCAAGUGUUUACAAACACUACAUCGUGUUAUUAUGUGAUGGUGGAUACCUAUGUACUUGCAUGACAAUAAUCAAUCGUGGUAUUAUAUGUUCACACUUUUUUCAAGUGAUGAUGAAUACUAAAGCAGCAAAGUUUCAUAUCGGGUUAGUUGCAAGACGUUGGUAUUAUGAUGAUCAGCAGGAUAUAAGGCUUGAAGACUUACAGCUGCAAAGCAUUGAGAUUUCAACGAUGUUUCAGCAAACAGCUACCAACAUAGCUGUUCCAGAUUUUCAUAUUAUAGAAAAAAUUAGAGAUACUAAUAUGUAUAUUGUAAAGAAUCAACAAGCAGCUAAUAAAAAAGCCAGAUAUGCAAAUGGAUUUGGAAGAAUGAAGAAGGCACUCAAUAUUGCUUUGGAUCUUGGAUGUAAAGAAAAGCUAAUCUAUGUUAUAUCUAGCUUUAUUAAUCAGAAAAAGUCUGCAAUUGAAAAUAUUAACAAUAAAAAUAUUCAACUUGGUGAAUCUCAACAGAUAAUUGUGAUAGAUCCUUUAGUUGUAAAACAUCGUGGACGGCCACCGAUUAAGCGGUUGAAAAGCUCUUCUGAGACUCCUUCAAAUAUAGAUUUGAAUAGUUAUAUUAUAGAUAACAAUGCGAAUGAAUUGUGCCAUAAAGGCAAAAGAAAAUAUAUAUGCAAUUUAUGUGGUGGA